ACAAAUUCAAAAUGUCUCUUAAGUUUCCAUUUCCAACUGACCAGACUCCACCACAGAGCAAAACAAAAGCUUAAAUUGCUUAUCCUCAAUCCAAGUCUGGAGGAUACAUUCAUUGAUCUAAAGAGUCAACGCAUAAAUGGCUUCCUUUGUUAGGAUUUCAGUACUGACAUGGGCGGAUCUACUAGCUGCAUUUGCAAUGUAUGUGAUGAUGACCUACUUAACAAAUGUUUGGAAUUUAAGUACAACACAUGCUGCUGGUAUCAUUAAUAUCUGGAAUGGGAUCACACCAGUGUUGGCCAUUAUAUUUGCCUUCUUUGUUGACGAAUUCAUUGGCAACUUUAAUAUGCUUGUGCUCUCUAGCAUUUCCUACACUGUUGGGUUAGGAUUAUUGGCAAUGUCAACACCCCCUGUGUUUGGCCCAUGUAGUGACUACAAGGAGCAAUGUAUUGGGCAUUCACAAAAGGUCUUGUUUUAUACUGCCUUACCAUUGAUAGCAGUCGGGAUGGCUGGUCAUUUAGUCUCUUUACCACCCUUUUUGGAUUUACAAACAAAACGUGAAGGUGAAGAAAACCCCCAAACUAAACAGGGAACUGAAGAGGGCGCCGACGAGGAUACUAAAAUAUUUUGGCAAAUACCGGGUUUAAUGAUGGUGGUGGUUGUACUGAUAGCUGGAGGUGUUGCACUUCCAUAUAUAAAACCAUGGUCAAUCCGGUUUGGUAUUCCAGCCAUAUGUACUUUGGUAGCAACAAUUCUAUUCUUGUCAGGAUGUUGCAAGUACCAACGUAUAAAUCCAGGGGGAAGCCCUUUAAAAACCACCUUGAGAGUUUUUGUGGUUACUGCUCGUAAUAUUUCUCGACCAAAUCCUAAUCUUGAUCAACUCAACAAUGAAGAAGCUGCUCGUUUGACCAGCAGCCUCAGCUGCUUAAAUAAGGCUGCUAUUAAGUUACCAGAAGAACAACAAUCAGAAAAGUGGAAGGGAUGUAGCCUGCGUGAAGUUGAAGAGACCAAGAUUGGUAUCCGUAUGCUCCCAAUGUGGCUAACCUUCAUUGUGAUUGGUAUCGUGCUCUCUAUUGGAAACACUUACUUUCUUGAGCAAGCUAACCACAUGGACCGUAAACUUGGAAAAAUAAAGGUCACAAUUCCAAUAUUCCUUUUGUUCUAUACUUGCGCAAGUUCAAUAUCUGCACACAUUUAUUCCUUUUUCACAAAGUGUUUGCCAAACAAGAAAUACGCUCCACCAGUUGGGAUUGCCACAGGUAUGGUUUUCUCUGUAUUAUGUUGCAUUACUGCUGCAAAAGUGGAAACCCGAAGACUAGAUCGCAUUAGGGAUAAUGGCUUACUAGACAAACCUGAUGAGACGAUCCCAAUGAGUAUAUUUGCUCUCCUUCCACAGUUUAUGCUUCUUGCAGCCGUUGACGGGAUUGGUAAUAGUAGCAUCAAUGGUUUCUUCAGGCACCAAACCCCUGAAUCCAUGCAUAAGUAUUUGACUUUUCUCACGAAGGGUGUGCUAGGAUUAGGAAGCAUGGCUAGUGUUUUAUCAGUCCAUAUUGUAGGUAAGGUGAGUGAGAGAAACCAAAAGCCAAAUUGGUUUCAGUUUUCGUUAAAUAAGAGCCAUUUAGAUCGAUAUUAUUGGGUGCUAGCUGCGCUAAGUGCGGCUAAUCUACUGGUUUAUAUCAUCGUUGCACUUUUCUAUAAGUAUAAGGAAUCACCAGAUGAAGAAGAUGAAGCAGAAGGUGGACAAAUGGAUCAAGGUUUUCAGGAGGACAAUGCGAAAUGUUGCUGUUAAGAUUUGGUGUUAGAGAUUUGAGUUAUUUGUUGUGUGAUUAAUGAUUAUUUUUGAGCUGGCUUAAAUUCACAUAACAAUCUACUUCAUGCCUCACGCAAUUAAAUUCUUUGUACAAGUGAUUCUUCUAAUGUUGUGUGUAUUUCUUUGUAAUGUAAGGGAUUCUAUCCAUUGUAUAUGACAAUUUUAUGGAUAUGAGUUAGUUGGUUUUUCCA